AGGAAGAUCCCACAUGCCAUGGAGCGACUAAGCCCAUGCGCCACAACUACUGAGCCUGCGCUCUAGAGCCUGCGAGUCACAACUACUGAAACCUGCGUGCCUAGAGCCCGUGCUCCACAACAAGAGAAGCCACCGCAAUGAGAAGCCCGCACACCGCAACGAAGAGUAGCCCCCGCUCGCUGCAGCUAGAGAAAAGCUCUCGUGCAGCAACAAAGACCCAACGUGGCCAAAAAUAAAUAAAUAAAUAUUUUUAAAAAAAUAAUUUCAUGUUUUAGUCUAUAGACAGAGACUAGUUUCAACAUAUUGAAUCUUAUAAGAUUGUUUAGAAAAGUAGAAACAAAUUGCUUUUUAAAUGUGAGAAGUGUAACUGCUGCCUUAUAAAAUUAGCUUCUGGAAUUAAAAAAUAUACUUUGUCUAUAUAUCCUGCAUUAUGUAUUUCUUUCAUUCACUGGUGUAUCCGUUCAUUUAAUAUUCAGACACUUCCCUUCCUGACCACCUACUAUGAGCAAGGUACUAUGCUAGGCCCUGGGGGUGCCACAGAGAGUCAGGAAGAACCCCCCACCUUCUAGGGGUUCUUACUGGCGUGGGGAGAAAUGGAUGUGGUAGAGACAGUACUCACCAAAUAUUUAAAUGCCUUCUUACAUUUCCCAGCCUCUGGGGCCGUGUGACUAGUUCUGUCUGGGGAACUGUGACCAGAGUGAUGCAUGUCACAGCUAAGGCAGCUCUGAGCUGGUAUGACUGCUCCAGCUCUGCCUACCCCUGCAGUGCUGACCUCAGGAGUCACACAUGCCAGACGGCAUGGCUAUAGGAUGGACAGGGCCGCCAGACUGUAUUAAAUCUUUCAUGAGUGAGAUAGAAAUCUUUUCUGUGUUAAGCUAUUCCCCUCCUUUUUUAAAAUUGUGGUAAAAUGUACAUAAUGUAAAAUUUAUCAUUUUAACCAUUUUUAAGCAUGCAGUUCAGUGGCAUUAGUACAUUUGCAGUGUAUACCCUUGUUUUUAACAGAUAACCAGAUAGGCUCUCAUUUGACUUCGUGAACAUCCUGUUCACCUACAGCUUUUUAGUAUCCCACUCCGUGACCUGUGGGCCAAAUCUGCCACCUCUUUUUGUAAUAAAGUUUUUGUUUGUUUCUUAGUUUUUAUUUUAUUUAUUUAUUUUUGGCCAUGCCAUGUGGCAUGCAGGAUCUUAGUUCCCUGACCAGGGAUUGAACCCAUGUCCCCUGUAGUGGAAGCACCUAGUCUUAACCACUGGACCAUCAGGGAAGUCCCUAAAUUUUUAUUUUAUAUUGGAGUAUAGUUGAUGAACAAUGUUGUGUUAGUUUCAGGUGUACAGCAAAGUGAUUCAGUUAUACAUGUAUUUAUUCUUUUUCAAUUUCUUUUCCCAUUUAGGUUAUUACUGAGUAUUGCGCAGUGUUCCCUGUGCUAUACUUUAGGUCGUUGUUGGUUAUCCAUUUUAAAUAUAGCCGUGUGUAUAUGUCAGUCCCAAACUCCCAAUCUAUCCCUCCCCGCCGGCCUUCCUCCCUGGUAACCAUAAGUUUGUUUUCUAAGUCUGUGAGUCUCUUUCUGUUUUGUAAAUAAGUUCAUUUGUGUAAUAAAGUUUUAUUGGGACACAACCACGCCCAUUCAUUUAUGUAUUGUCUAUGGCUACUUUCACGCUAAAAUGCCAAAGUGAAGUAGUGACAGAGACCAUAUAACCUGCAACACCUAACAUAUUUACUCUCUGGCCCUUUAUGGAAAAAGUUUGCUGACCCCUGCUUUAUGGAACAGGUAUUUAAGUUUUUAUUUUUAUUAAAAUAAUACAUGCACAUAUUUGAAAAGGAAAUAGCACUAAAAGUUUUAUUUUUAAAAAGGCGAGCCCUGCUGCACUGUUCUUCACACCAGCAUCACUCCUAAGAGAUGUUUCUUUCUUUUACUUGUCUUUUCUGGCAUUUAUAGUUCUAAGUAAUAUCCUCGUUCCACUAUUUCUUGAUUUAACAAUUUUAGACACUAACUAUUGACUAACCUAGUAUAGGCCACUAUCCUACUUUUUAGUGCAAGAUUAUAAAUAAAUUUACCAAUUCUUAGCUGAAAGGUAAUGUUUUAUGAUCAUUUAGUUUUCUGCAUUUUCAUCAUAAUCUAUGUAAGAAAAUUAACAAGAACUUAGCAAUAACUAACAUUUAUUUAGUAUUUCACAUGUGCCAGGCACCCUUCUGAUGUAGUUUUUUUUUAAGUUGAAGUAUAGUUGAUUUACAAUGUUGUGUUAAUUACUGCUGUAUAGCAAGGUGAUUCAGUUUUAUAUAUAUACACACACACACACAUUCUUUUUUUUAUAUUCUUUUCCAUUAUGGUUUAUCAUAGGAUAUUGAAUGUAGUUCUCUGCUGUACAGUAGGCCCUUGUUGUUGAUCCGUUCUAUAUAUAAAAGCCUACAUCUGCUCACCCCAACCUCCCAUUCCAUCCCUCCCCCAAGCUUCUCCCCCUUGGCAACCACCAGUCUGUUCUCUAUGUCUGUGUUUCUGUUUCUGUUUUGUAGAUAGGUUCAUUUGUGUCAUAUUUUAGAUUCUACAGAUAAGUGAUACCAUAUGAUAUUUAUUUUUCUCUUUCUGACUUAAUUUCAUUUAGUAUGAUAAUCUCUAGUUGCAUUAAUGCAGUUUUUAUGCAGUUUCUCAUUUAAUCUUUACAGAACCCCUAGGAAAUGUAGAUACUAUUAUCUCCAUUUUCUAGAUGAUGAAACGUCAUUUAGAGAGAUUAUGUGAUUUUUCUCUUGGUCAAGACCUCGUGGGUGAUGGAGCCAGAAAUCACCACUUGGAAUGUCAGCUCUUAAACACCAUCUUGGAACACUGCAUGGGGAAUCAUACUGGUUGACGUUCAUAGAUUUGUGGUCCUACUGUGAGUGAACAAUCUGAAGAUUUAUAGCAUGCAGAUGUGCUGAGGCCCAACUUUGUUGGAUCUGCAGUGGGUGGGGCACUCAGGUAGCGGGUCAGCCAUCUGCAGCUGCUUUUUCUGAGGGUAAUUCUCUUUUCUAAUAGACUGCACACUUGCGUGGUCUCAGUCUAAUGCAGUGGCUCUCAAACUGGAGCUUGUGUCAGAAUCACGGGGUGGGCUUGGUCCAGCACUCAUACAUGGGCCUCACCUCUGGUUUUGGAUUCAGUGGGUCUGAGGUGGGGCCUGAGAAUAUGCAUUUGUAACAAGGUCCCAGGCGAUAAACUGCAGGGACUACUAGUGGUUUAAUGCUGUGCCCUUUCUGAACACAGGGUCUUCUGUGCCAUCUGGCUCUUCCAUUGCGUCAUGUCUGUUACACUCCCCCCUGCUGGCGUGUUGGCUCCGCGACAGCAGUUCCGCUACUGUGGCCUAUGUUUCCUCUUCAACCCCACAGAGGUCAGGGUCAUGAUGCCCAUAUAGCAGAGGUCAACCUGAAUCAACAUGUCUGGGACUGAAGAAGCAAUUCUUAGCGGCCGUGACAGCCAUCCUGCUGGUGGCAACUCUGUAUUAUGCUUUGGUCAGUACCAAUACACAGCACAAGAGUACCAGGCCAUCCAGAAGGCUCUGAGGCAGAGGCUGGGCCCAGAAUACAUAAGUAGCCGCGUGGCUGGAGGAGGCCAGAAGGUGUGUUACAUCGAGGGUCACAGGGUAAUUAAUCUGGCCAAUGAGAUGUUUGGCUACAAUGGCUGGGCACACUCUAUCACACAGCAGAACGUGGAUUUUGUUGACCUUAACAAUGGCAAGUUCUACGUGGGCGUCUGUGCGUUUGUGAGAGUCCAGCUGAAGGUGAGGGUGAUGGAGGGGACAUGCUGCCUGCAGGCACGGGGCAGGUGGGAGAGUGAGCAGGAUGGUUCGUAUCAUGAGGACGUGGGCUAUGGUGUUAGCGAGGGCCUCAAGUCCAAAGCCUUGUCUUUGGAGAAGGCGAGGAAGGAGGCAGUGACCGAUGGGCUGAAGCGAGCACUGAGAAGUUUCGGGAAUGCACUUGGGAAUUGUAUUCUGGACAAAGACUACCUGAGGUCGCUAAACAAGCUCCCACACCAGCUGCCUCUUGAAGUGGAUUUAACUAAAGCAAAGAGACAAGACUUUGAACCACGUGUGGAACAAGCCAGAUACAGCAGCUGCCGACGGAACCCGACUCUGGGACCCCCCAGACCACAGGAGGUGACGUCUCCUUGCAGACCAAGCCACCACGUUGUGAUGCAGGGGAUGAGGACAGCGGCUCCGGGUGCGGGCUGCGUGCCCUCCCCGCCCCUGCUCCUUCCCAGAAACCCGACCUCCGCUGCCACAGAGAGCGAUGCCACGUACCAGCGGAAGCUCCGGCAAAGACAGCUGCAGCAGCGGUUCCGGGAGCAGAUGGAGAAACAGCAGCAGGAACCCCCGUCUGGCCCACCUGCCGAGAAGCAGGGUCCUGCGCUGCCACCGGUGCCACCUGCCGGAACUGCUGCUUCAGAGCCGCUCACCCAGACAGACGUGCUUCCAGACAGUCUUGAGAUGUGGGACAUGGCUCUAGAUGCAGGGGACAGUGUGGUCAAGCCCUUGUCUAAACCAGAACCGCCACAGGCCCCUGCCACCUCCGUCCUGCAGAACGAGAUGGAGACCUGGAACAGGACCCCACAGAGCCUUUGCCACCAGAAUCCACAGGCAAAAUCUGGACCCUGGCACCUUCAAACUUACAACCUUAACCAACACAUAACAGGAGACUAUGAUUCAUAUAGGAAGAACCAGGACACGAAGAAAAGGAAAUUGGAUUCAUCUUGACCAAGGCUCCGUUCACCUCACUGGAUUCUGUCACAAAGGGACUUUCAAAAACUGCUUGUUGGUCAUGAAAUGACUCAUCAUUCCUAGGGAAUGAGCUUUACCUCCGGGGAUUUACCUUGCUUCAUGCUCAACUUCACCAGAGGAUUUCACUAUUGGAACCUGACGCAGAUCAAGCUGGGCAGGUUGGGAAGCCCUGCGGAGAUUAAACACACACCUUUUCUUUGGCUCUUCACUAUUUAUUCCUAAGCUUUCAUGUUAAUAAAGGCAGAAAUUCUAGGAAUCUCAGUGGCCACUUUCCCCACGCACCAACCUCGACAGCGGCCUGCGGUAUGUCACUGUGUGACCUCUGACCCCUUUCGCUGCCACUCAUCUACAACCAUCUGUCAGUCACUUAUAGGCGCAUCAUGAAACUACCUCCAUUUUUUCCUAAUAAGGAAAUAAUCUAAGACCAAAGAAAAGGCAUUUUAAGAAAGCAAAAUAAAAUCCUACUUUGUAACAAAAUAAAUAACAGGCAUACCUCUUUUUAUUGCACUUCGCAGAUUUUUUUUUUUAAACAAACAAAUUGAAGUUUUUUGGCAAUCCUGUGUUGAGCGUUUUCCCAACAGCAUUUUAAAGUAUAUAUUGUUUUAGGGACUUACUUCCCUGGUGGUCCAGUGGCUAAGACUCCACACUCCCAAGGCAGGGGUCCCGGGUUCGAUCCCUGGUCAGGGAACUAGAUCCCACAUGCCACCACUAAGACCUGGUGCAGCCAAGUAAAUAAAUAUUUUUUAAAAAUAUAUUCUUAAAAAAAAGGUAUAUAUUGUUUUAGAUAUAAUGCUAUUGCAGACGUAACAGGCUAUAGUGUAAAGAACGUUUAUAUGUACUGGAAAACCACAAAAAUCUGCGUGACAUAAGCAGCUGUUUAGCUAUUUCGGAUGUGCGAUUAUCACCCACCUUAACAAAUUCUUUUAGUGUUUAGAUGUUUCAUAAUCCUUUCCCCCAACUAAUGAGUGUGCAGUUUUACUUUUUAAGGGCAUUUUGGGUUGGGCCUUGUACCCAGUCUUGAGUUUGUUGGAGCACAGGCCCAUCUGGGAAGCUGUGCCCCUAGGCCACCGCCGCGCCUCUGGAAGAGGAGCACGGGGCUUUCCCUGACCUCCCGCCACCUCACCUGAGCUGCACAGCUUUGGGCGUAGGUUCAUCUUCUGAUUUUCAUAUCCUUACCAUGGUCUUCAGAAAAUAUAUCUUGCCUGUCUGCAGCAUCUUAGUUCAGGUCAGAACUGCUGUUAAAAAAAAAAGGUCCUGGAGAUAGGAAUCCAGUUAUAAAUUGCACACAAGUCAAAUCAGAGCUAAUGAGAUCACGAAAAAGACAUGCGCUGAAAAUGAAACCCCACAGCUCAAGAAAAGCAAGUUUGGUUUAUUUGAAUGGUUUCAUCUACAAAGGUAACAAACGGAAACAGAAAGCGUGUCCCCCGGGGUUUAUCCCAAACGCACGGGUUGACGGGCUGCCGAGAACCCCCAAGGUUUGAAUUUAGUCUGUUUUUUUAAACAGUGUACAUUGUUAAAUAAUGUAAGGAAAACACUUAUAAUUCAGAAAGAAUUUUUUUAAUGUGGAAAAAGAUACUCAAAGUGUACUAUUAACACAAAAAUAAUUUAAACAGUUCAGUAGCACUAGGUUCAUUCCUCUAGGCUUCAGUUAUUUCAUCCACAGGAGGGGAAAAAAACAGUAAAUAAAAGCAGUUCUUACUUUCCACCUGUGAGUGAAGAGAUCUCAAAAUGAUUAAACCCAAGAAACAAAAUAGUCACGUGCUGCACUCUGGCUCCUCCUUCCUCUGCUGCAAAGCCCUGCCUCCUUGCCCGGGGUCCGUUCCCCACUUCCUUGGCGCUUCUUGUUCCGUCCUUACUCUUGUCAUCUCCCGAGGAUUAUAAGCAGAGAAAAAGUAAGUAAACAGUUUCGAAGCAAAGCUUGGAACGCCUGCCCUUUUCAUUUCUACCUUCCUACAACCUUCAGCUCUCAUUUGCAUCUUUGGGGUCUUGGCUAACUUAAAGAAAAUGACCACCGGAGGACAGGACAGCCAUCCAGGCUCUUCCUGUCAUGGGGAUUCCUGGGAUGUGCCACUGAGGUGGGUAAGAGGUUGGAAUAGGUCAGUUUCCCAGCUCAAGAGUCAAGACAAGAAGCACCCCAAAAUUAAGAGUCCUGGCUUCUUUCCCCACCUUCUGGGAGAACAGAGAUCCCAAACUCAGGCAAUGAGGAGAGUAUUUCCUGAAAGUUCUGAAAGUAACAGAAGUGCCCAUUACAACUAGGCACAGCACUAAAUAAUACUGGUUGGUUGCAGUUAUUACUUCAGGGGAAUAUCUGUUUACAGAGAACGUGAGAAUAUCAGCUGUUAAUUCUAGACAUAAGGUGGUGCAAGAGAUUAUGAUCCUGCAACCAUUUGGACAUUAUAUAGGAAGCGGGUAGGAAUAAGCAUUCUUUCCUACAAUGCUUAAUUCAGAUGUGGGUCCACUUUCCACAAACUACCGUACCCCAAGCUGAGAAAUACACGGGACAUUUGCACCAAGAGGGAAGCAAUCCAAAUGAUUUU